GUAUAUAAAGGAAAGACAUGAGCUUCGUGGCUCUUGAUAGAGCUUUUCGAACAGUAGACGAUGUACUACAAUACCUCAAAGGUUACAGACAUGAGCACAUGAGUGACGCCUUUCUUAGUAACAAUUCUCUUCCCGAGGCUUACAAGUUUCUACAGACGCUUGGCCUUGGUUUGAGUCCUCUCUCAGAGAAAGCCCUGCUUCCAGAGGAUCAUCGUAUUCAGUUUUCCAUCCGCGGGCAGCGUUUUGAAAUGCCACCAAGCAUUGCCCUUAAGUAUUAUCUUGUUUUCUUCUUAUUCUUCUCUCUUCCAUUUCAAAGCGAAGGAUCGCCUGACGCGGAAGCGGGCAAUGUCAAGAGUAUUCCAUUAACAACAGAGAGGAAGACGGCUGACACAUCUGGCUCGAUCGCGCAGCUUGUCGGCUCAAAAGGGUUUGGUCUAUCUGCUCAUUUUCUACUUUUGAGCGCAGAGCACCUCACAACGGUCCUGACGCGGCACUACCAGGAGACUGUUUGGCCCUGCCUCGUGAAGAUUUUGAAUUUGCUUUGUUGUGAUAACCCAAGUAUUAAUUUUAUGGAUCAUAACGGCGGCUACAGUUCUACAAUGCAUGACUCUGCCGUAGAUAAUUUUCAAUUGCUUUUUCCGGUUUCGAUGGCUGAAGUCGUAUCAUGGGAUGGAGCCAUGCAGCACUGGCGUUUUGAAUUUCUGAACCGGUUGCCUGAUGACGUUGAAAAAGCUGAAAAAGAACGGCUAAACCUCUUCAGAGGGUGCAAAAGAGGUUCAAUAGGCUGUUGCAGUGAAAAUGCUGUGGCUAGCAGAACCUUGGUGAACCUGAUCCCGAACGAUAAUCCUUUAUUGCUACUGCAGCCCCAUUAUGUUGGCACUAUUCUAGUCUAUAUUCGGCGGUUGAACCAAGCUUUUGCGGGCGAUAAGGCUAGGAGACGGUCUGUGUUAGCCAUUCGUUGGGGUGAGUUAGAUUACGAUCAACAGCUGUGCGUCUCACAGGUAGUGCGUGCGCUUGGAGUGGUUCCCCUCAUUACGACAAAUAGUGUACCCAUUGCACCGAUCACAACAUCUCAAUACAUCUCAAGAAGUACCGAGGUACCCACUGGCAAUGGGACCAGGGGCUGCUCCAAUCCACAGGGUGGACAAAGUUUGGUUUCUCAGCCUACAAUAGCUAGUAAUGUUACUUUAGAGUCUGAGGAAGAUUGGAUACGACAGGGGUGCCUUAAAUGUGGCAUUUCUGGACAUUCUACAGUUGAAUGUCCUUACUGAUAUUUUAU